AUGGUCGAGGUGCUGGCUUCACUAGAUGCCAUCCAGAGAGAACUGGAGAACCCAGUCUAUCGCAGCAGUGGUUCCAAGCAGGUUGUUGAAAAAGUUUCGCCGCAAGCUCUGCGGGUUCUAUCCGCAUGCGGCAUACGACAAGAAAAGAAAGGCUUCUCCAUGCGUGCCCAAUCGAGUGUAGAGGUCUUGCAGGCAGCCAUUGGGAUCAUUCGGCAGCUUUUGUUGUCCUUGGAGGAGGAUUCCUCCGCGAAAACAGAGGCUCCCAGGCGACAGCCAGUCGCACCGUCUGCUGGUUCGGGCGGCAGAUCGCAUGGCUUCUACCGGCAUGACGAUAGUGAGAAAGCGCAUGAUGUUUCGCCCGAGGCAGAGACUACAGAUGCCGAAGUCUCUCGUCUUGCGGCAGGCAGCCCGCGGUCUCCAGAAGAUCCUGGGCCUGAGGUGCGAUCGACUACAGCUUUUUCGGAACCCAAGGUGGUGUCCUUCGAGCGCUUUGAUGCUGCCAAGUUUCGGAUGACUCCUGCAGAUGUGGUGGGAAUCGAAAGGGCUUGUGCUCAGCGCGGCGAGACAUAUGUGGACCCCCAGUUUGCUCCAACGGCAGCUUCUCUAUACCUCGCACCUGCAGAGGAGCAUACCUGGCAGUGCUUGAUCUGCAAUGCUCACAGCAGGCUUCCACCAGUACCUCCUUUGGCAAACUCACGUGAAGAAGCCGCGCAGCAGGAGCAGGACUUCAAGAGAGACGUGCGUUGUCAAAGUUGUGGCCAGCCAGCGCACUACGUUGUGCAGGUGCGAUACUUCACACGACCAACACAGUGGCUGAGACCUGGUCAUGCCUGCGAGGGUUGCCAGUUGAUCUGGAGCCAGCUGCACAACGGGAACACCCUGGCUGCCACGAUGUGCACUCACUACCUCCGCGACUCAGUGUCUCAGGUCCUUGGAACCCCAUGGAAGGUCAUCAGAGAGGCGGCGCGUCCCGAAGAUGUAUGCCAGGGUGCCCUCGGGAACUGCUGGUUUGCAGGGGCCCUCAGCGUCGUGGCACAGAUGCCGGACCUUAUCAGCAAGAUUUGCAUCACGAAGGACGUGAACCCGCAUGGUGUCUACCAGCUUCGCCUCUGCCAUGCUGGUGAGUGGAUUGAUUUGGUGGUGGACGACUACUUCCCAACUUCUCAGGUGUCUGAGGGCUUCACUGAUGGCCAGACUAUCCGCUUCUCUCGCGGGGGAAACCUUUGCUACCUCGGGGGCGCCAGGCGCCAGCUCUGGCCGCCCUUGGUCGAGAAGGCAGCUGCCAAACUGUUCGGCUGCUAUGGUGCACUUAAGGGUGGCACCUUCGCAGAGGCCUUGGCGCUUUUCACUGGGUAUCCGACGCAGCGUCUUCGCCUUUACGUUCCUUCGGCAGUUCGGCGUGAGAAAGAGGAGAAGCGCCAGGCCAGGCAGGAACAGCGCAUGCGCCUCUUGCUGGGUGGAGCAGAUGUGGGAGAACAAAGCGAUGACACUGACGACGACGAGGAUGAUGACCUCAUCUGGUCAAAACUGCUUUCUUGCCAGGAAGCUGGCUACUUGCUGGGGGCCGGCUGCUCCGAAGAAGGCUGUGAGAAGUCCAGGACUCACAUCGUUGAGGAGAUGGGGCUCCAGGCGCCCCACGCGUACGGAAUCUUGGACUUCGCAGAGGUCACCAUUGAUGGCGAGACUGCCCGAUUGGUAAAGAUCAGGAACCCCUGGGGACAAAAUGCGCCCCGCACCUGGAAAGGAAAGUGGGGCAAGGACUGGAGUGGAUGGACGCCCGAGCUCCAGAAGCAGCUAGGUGUCAUCAACAGCUCAGGUGUCCUCAUGGACGAUCCGAUGUCAAUCUUCUGGAUGGCUUUCGAGGAUGUCAAGGAAUACUUCGGGCAGGUGGAAAUAUGCCGAGUUCAUCACGACUGGUACGAGGUCCGACAGCAGGCGUGGCUUCCAUCAGGAGUCGGAGCCGGUCAGGCCUUCGACAUCAUGGUUGACGAGCGAAGCAAUGUCGACAUCGCAUUUUGGCAGGAGAGGCAUGUUCUUCGAGAGGGUGCGUUAGGUGCCCACUGCACCAAUUUGGAUGUUGGUCUUGCUGUGUUGCGACUUCGAGGUAGUGAUGGCUGCGAUGGAUUCGAGCUUGUGGAUGCAGCUCCGCGUUCCUUCGAUGACUGCGUCAGUUUGGAAGUGAUCCUGGAGGCAGGCUUCCAAUACCGCAUUCUCCCGAUCUCCCUGGCGAAGCUCGAGGACGCCUCCCCUCGGAAGGGAGUCUUGGCAGUGCACUCCGUGAAGCGGGCGCGGCUCACGCGCAUCGAGUCUUCUUGGAAACAGGUCGCUGCUGGCUUGUGCCAUGCAAUCAAGAAGAGUGGUCGCAGUUGGUCACAUCCCCAUUGCGCUGGAGUCAAGUACAGGCACCAAUUCGAGCCUGGCGGCUGCAACUUCGUUGUUGAGAAUUCAUCGCCGAAUCCAAUUGCUGUGCAGGCCGAUGCGGCCGAGUCAAUGGGAUGCAGCUUCUCCCGCGGGGAGAAGGGCAUCGUUGUCCGUAUUCCACCGUACAGCCAGCGACUGGUUCUGGCUCUGACCUUCAGCCCUCAAGCUGGCUUCUCUUCCGCAAGCAUUCAGCCGCAGAUGGUGCCGUUGGACAUGGCUCCUGAACAUGACUCGUGCGACGUGGACAACGUGCACAUGCCACUGCUACUGGAUGGGUGUUUGUCGUCCCAUGACGAUGAGCUGGCACAGGCCAUUCGCCUUUCCUUGACAUCCCCGCAAGGCAACACUGCGGAGGCAAGAAGGCUCUUGGACAAGAGAACCAAGGACAUCUUUGCAAACUAUCGUGGUCAGGGUAUGGCGCCAAACGAAGCUGCAUCUCGUGCAGCUAGAGAGGCACGCCAAGAGCUUGGACUCGCCUAG